AUGUCUACAAGACUUGAGAGGUUCAAUAAAAAUUUAAGAAAACUGCUGGGUAGUGGAGGUUUCAAUAAUAAUCCCACUGUAGCACAGUUUGAAGCUGCAUACAAAUCCAUUAUAAUCAAUGCUGAAGUUAAAUGUCCAUCGACUGCCAACGCUUUAGCAUUAGACGACACAAGUAUUCUAAGAAUAUCAAGCGCUCCACCAAAAAAAGAAGAUGAGCAAUCUGAAAUGCUAGAUUUGUUAUGUGCUGCAGGAACUGAAAUAAUUGAAACAGAAGAUAUAUUAGACAUUUAUGAGCACAGAAAUUACCUUAAUGAUGUUGUAACAUACAUAGCAGGAUUUGUUGUUUACAAAAUAAAGAAGAAAAUUCUAUGUACAGUUUGUGAAAAAUCUUUGGGAACAAAAGAAUCGGGACCUGCUCUAAUUGGACGUAAAAAUAGAGGUGGUUUAAUUAUACCGAAUCCAGAUAUCAUUGAAAUUUGUAAAAUAGCUGAACGUGUAAUUCGUGGAUACCAAAGAAUUGAUGGGUCAAACGUUGUAAAGAGGAUUACAAUUGAAUUCCUGGUUCCUACAAGCUAA